CUUCUGAAGGGCCAUAAAAUGUAUUUGGAUGAGGGUCAUGCGAUUAUAUUAAGAUCGAUAAUGGUAAGAUCUGAAAUGGUAAUGGGAAAAUGUUUAUCGUAUUUGAUUUUGUUCUAUCAAUUACGUUCGACAGUUGACUUUUGGACCAGGCCACUUCCCCCACCAAGCCUCCCCACGAUAACUAUCGGACGGUCCCUUACGUAACGGGACAUACAUUAAUUACUCUUCACGCCACGCUACUUCCACAAUGUCUAGGGCAGUGGUGCUCGUUUUUGCAGUCGCAUCGUCAGGAAUCGUUUUAAACCAUGUGGCAAAACUGCUCAUGGCGACGGGAAUGUUGAAGCAUGUUUACAACCACGCGCCGGGCACCUGUAGGUUCGUUCCUGGGGCGGAGCAAGGUUCAGAAGACAUCGAGCUAACCUCGUCUGGGCUGGCGUUCAUCUCGUCAGGUCUGGUGCCACAAGGGUUCAUCCUCGAUCCUCUGUACUUAUCCUACGAGCAGGGAAUUCUCAUGUAUGACUUUCAGAACCCCACUGCAGGAGCCAAGAAACUCAACAUCUUCCCUAAGAGCGCCGAAGUUGAGGAAGACUUCAUGCCACACGGUAUCAGCGUUUACGAAGACGAUCACUCGGGAGAAGUUCGGCUCUUUGUCGUGAACCAUGCCAAAGGUCACCAAGAGAGAGUGGAAAUCUUCCGCUUCGACUCCGACUCAAACAGCCUGUACCACAUCAAAUCUAUUGAGCAUCCACUCUUGUACAGUCUCAACGAUAUCCUUGCCAUAGGACCCGAGAGUUUUUACGCCUCCAACGACAAGUAUACUACUGGUUUGUACACCAGGAUGGCAGAGACUUGGUUUUUACUCCCUUGGUCUAACGUUGUCUACUACAGCGGCGGAGAGGCGACCAUCGUGGCUGACGGCCUUGUGUACGCUAACGGUAUCAGUUUAUCCCCGGGGGGAAAGCUCGUGUAUGUGGCCGACUUUACAAGCGGUGUUGUGAAGAUCUACCACCGGCGGGACGACAACACUUUACUGUUUAGUCGGGAUAUUUCAAUUCAUUCGAGUGUUCACAAGAUCUGUGUGGACCCAGCUUCUGGCGAUCUGUGGGUAGGAGCCCACCCCAGCGCGUUUCACCUGGCCGAGCACCUGAAAGACGCGUCCCGCCCGUGCGGCUCCCAGGUGCUGCGGAUAGAGAACCCGGCGGGAGAGAACGUCACCGUCACCGAGAUGUAUUCUGACGACGGCCGGUGGCUAUGGGGGUCCAGUAUAGGAUGUUACCACGAGAAACAGCUACUGAUCGGCACCAUUAACCACAAGCUCAUGCACUGUACAGUUGACCUUCCCCUGUAGGGUUUUAUCCUAUCACGCGUUGUGAGGUAGAUUAGUACUAAUGUGUUAACGAGGCGUGAAAUCUCCAUGUCAAUGGCUUCAAUGUAUUGUCAUUUGUCAACAUGCUUAAUCUCCAAGCAGAUCCGACGGUGGCAUAAGAUAGUAUCAUGCAUACGCUGGCAUAGGAGUAUAACCAGCCUAGUAGUGUUCAUUCAAUGGCUACCAAAGACUACACUUCUUGGUCAGCCUUUACUAUUCCAUACCACCGGUAAAUCUGCCUGGAGAUUAAUGUGAAACUAUGUCCUAGCUGAGUGUCACUUCCAAUAUAUAAAACGUUAUAUUCUUUCUUAUAUUCUGACCGUUUCCAAAACCAUAUCCAGUUGCUUGAGUAACUACUUUUUGGCGUAUCUUAUUACCUGGAUGUCUCACCUACAUCUACGUUAUAUUCUUCAUCUUUGAUUUUUUACAAAUUGUUGGAUACUAGGAAGUAGAAGUGGUUGACUAAUUUUGUUGUAAUGUCAAAAACAAUAUGGGAGUGCAAUGUGGAUCCCCGUUUGUAUUUGCUGCCAGAAACGUGGCAUAUCCAUUUUAUUUUGAGUUCAGUUCCAAGGUAGGGUGCUAGAGCACUUGUGCUCCAUUUGUACAUGUAUUACUAUUUGUAUCAACUUUAUAUGUGAAUGACAAAGCAAGCAUAA